UCAAUCUUACACCCAGAAACCUACGGCUGAGGGUAGUGACGCACGGUGUAUGACUCAUACUCUGUUUUGUGUUCCACUUUGGGUUCUUAGCAUUUCUUGAAUCUUUAUUUAUUUAAGAUGGUUCGGUGAUUCAACGCGACCCUCUUCGACCCUUUUCGUUGCUUCCUUCAUUCGCAUGUUAUCAUGGCAAAUGCCAAGUUCGGUUCUUCCUUUUCUUGUUCCGCGGCUUCUCUUUCUUCUUCUCCUUUACAACGCACGAGAAGUGCUCAGUUGAGCUUAUCACAAGGGUUGUUUGUCAACCAGCUAACUGGUGCUCAGCUACAAAUGUACACUAAAGAAAAAUCAUGCCAGCUUAAGUUUAUGCAUGGAAUGCUGAACUUUAAGGGAAGGUUACAGAAACAGCAUAAUGCUCUUUUUGUUGUCUCUGAGGAUCGUGAGCUUGAAACAACUACUUUAGUGCCAGAAAACAAUGAUAUUGUUGUAGAAGGCGUCUCUCCUGCAAGCAACUUGUAUUUUCAUUUAUCAGGGAGUGAUGGAAAGUCAGGUUUAAUAUCAUUUUAUAACCGGCCUUACAGAAGAGAUAGUAAGAUACUUUUAUCAAAUCCAGAGAGAAGUCAAAACAGCAUAUUGUGGUUUCUGGGCCCUGCAGUUCUUGUUGCUUCCUUCAUUUUUCCUUCACUCUAUUUACGCAAAGUGCUUUCCAUCGUUUUUGAGGACUCUUUGUUGACAGAUUUCCUCAUCUUAUUCUUCACAGAGGCAAUUUUCUACUGUGGUGUUGCGGUAUUUCUUUUCCUACUGGACCAUUUAAGAAGACCCAUGCUACUGGAUACUGCUACAAACAAUAGUGAUACUCCACCCCCACAGUUGGGACAGAGAGUCUCUUCUGUUGCUACUCUUGUGCUUAGUCUAGUAAUUCCAAUGGUAACUAUGGGUUUUGUCUGGCCAUGGACUGGCCCUGCAGCCUCUGCAACUCUUGCUCCAUACCUUGUUGGUAUAGUUGUCCAAUUUGCAUUUGAGCAGUAUGCCAGAUAUCGAAAGUCACCGUCACGUUCUGCCAUUCCAUUAAUCUUUCAAGUGUACAGGCUUCACCAACUAAAUAGAGCAGCACAACUGGUGACAGCUUUAUCAUUUACAGUUAGAGGAGCUGAAAUGACCUCACACAACAUGGCUAUAAACAGCUCUUUGGGUACCCUUCUAAAUGUCCUACAAUUCCUUGGUGUGAUUUGCAUUUGGUCCUUGUCUAGCUUCCUCAUGAGAUUUAUCCCUUAUGCUUCAACAACUAUGCAGUAAAGAAUCUCUUGUAAAGUUUGUUAAAUGUCAUCUCAUGCAUCAAAAACACACACCCCAGUUCAUCUUCAUGCAGAAUAUGUAGAUACACUUGGGUUUAUUUUUUGGCGGUGUAAAACUGUUCAGUCUAAUUGAAGAUUUGGAUACUAAUCCUCUGACUCUGUCUAGAAUAAAAAAUGGUUACAGGAAUUUGUAAUUGAGGAUUUUGAUACAGAUGAAGCAGAGACAUAGUCACAGCUCUACUUUAGUAAA